CCGAGUACAUGAUCAUGAGCUGUCCAGCAUCGUCUCCUACCAAAGAGCUGACAGACACACCUGGGACAGGUGACCGCCGGUCCUCUGAGCUGGUCUUAAAGCGGGACUCAUCUGUGUGGCUGAGAAACGGGGGCCCAGUGGUGCCGCCCCUCCCUCCAGGUGGACUUGACGAUGAUGAAGAUACCUACGAGGAGGCAGAACCUUACGUAGCUGACACAACCACAUCUGGAAAGGCAGAGUCAGACAGCAGCCACUACGAGUCGUAUGGGGAGGAAGAUGAUGAUGAGGAGCCCGUGAAGGACAAAGCUCACUACAUCCAAUGGAGCGCCUCCCAGCCCUGCCUAAGACCCGCCCCCGAGUCCCGCCUCUGUGGCUACCUGUGGAGGAGGAAGUGGCUCGGACAGUGGACCAAACAGCUGUUCUUCAUCAGGAACAACAUGCUCCUGUGUUAUAAGUGCGCUCAGGACCUGCUGCCUCAGCUGGAGAUGAACCUGCGCGGCUGUCAGCUCGUCUACAAGUCGAAGAGCAACAGGAAGAUACAGCACCAGCUCAGACUGGUUCCGGUGGGCUCGGAGACACUGGUGCUGGGCUACGGCAGCUUCCAGCAGGCCGACGAGUGGAGGAGGGUGAUAGAGGAGGUGAGUGCUGGAGGUGAGGUUGAGACUCGGAGUUCGUUGUCUCUGAUCAGAUCAGACCAGCUGCUGUCCUGCAGGUCCAGUACAGUCCAGACUGACUCUGAGGAGGAGAAACCUUCAGCUCGCUGCAGCCUCAACAGAGACAAAGGUCAACGACGACAAACAGUAUGAAAGUAUAAAUAAACAAAAUGUGUCCUGAGCGUGCUGAUGAACUGUCAGUGGCAGAGUUUAG